UUCCACUACUGUGUCGCACUCGUCCUCCGCAGACAGACAGUGUAACAAAAGCCUCUGGUUUCCUCUGCGAACAUAACAGAGACACUUCAGGCACAAUGGGCGAAAAGAAGAGAAAAGCAGACGGUCAGGGCGCCGAACGACCAGCGAAAAAGCCCCAGACCGGCAAAGUCAAGGUCACUCAUCUCACAAGUCCUGACAUCGCAAAACCUGUUGUUGCAUUCUCGCCUGGAGUGAGGCUUCCUCCGGAAAUCCAAUUCAAUGCCUUCAGCAAGAAAUCCACGCAACCAGCAGCAGGCAAUGGGAAAGGCAAACAUGACAACUCGCCUCUUCUCCUUCUACAGUCCUCGGAGCACCCGACGAUCGACUAUGUGGCGACGGAGAGCAGAUCUACAGAGGCGCGGGAGAAACACAUGAGGCACUACAUUGCGGUGUUUGACCCGGCCACACAGGAGCUCAAGGUGAUGGAAGCCAAGAAGAUGACGGUACGGAGCAGCGUGCGACAAAUUGAGGAGCAAGCAUCAUCGACGGAAAACGAAGAAGAAUCAAAGCCCACUCCCGCGGCAGCGCCAUCAUCUCGUGCCGCGCUGACCGAAGCGUUUGGGACCAAGAAGUCCAAGAAGGCAGUGGCCUCGGUGGCCGAGAACCGGCUGCUCGCUCGCGGGGGGGAGAACGCAGGGGACAACCCAGUCUCAAACGCGAUUUUGUCGACGAUCAAGGACGAAGACGACGAGCACCUCGACUCUGCUGCGGCCGCAUCCUCAUCAAGAGUCAACAAGCCGCUACCCCCGGCCAACCUGGACACCACGGAUAUCGAAAAAGUCUACGACUUGUCAGUGCUAGUAUUCCCGGGGCCGGCACGCACGACACUUUCCCAAAUGCCUCUGGGCUACUGGCGGUCGCGGAUCGAGGCCAAGAAGGACGUUGUGUCGCGGUACCGGUUUGUGGCACACCGCGUCGAGCGCCUGACGAGACUGCACCUCGAGAACCCGGACGACCCCACCGCGCUGCUCAAAGUCCAGCUGCUGCGCUAUAUCCAGCUUUUGUUGGAGAUAUACACGUAUGUCACCCGCUUGCCCGGGCGCAGACCCAUUCCGCAGCCCGAGAAGUGGCCCGAACGCACCACCUCGGACACCACGGGCAGUCUGUCCAGCGCCUUCCUGUCCAAGCUGGUCGCCCACUUCUUCCCUACGGCCAUUCCGACGCAGCAUGCCAAAACCUUGCUAACGACCACCAUCCUCGCCUUGACCCUGCACAUCCCGCCGCCGAAAUGGCAGCCAGGAACAAGCAUGCCCGCGCUGAUCACGGAGCCCUCGGAUAUCUCGCUCGACUUAGCCUUGCAGCCCGCUGAGGUCACCAAGCUGUACCGCGAAGUGGGCUGUAAGAUCGAGAGCUUGAGCGAUGCCGAGUUGGCCCGCUGGGGUUGGGAGAAGACCGGCAAGGCCAGGAAGAUUGUGGACGAAGACGGCAAAGAAACCACCUUGCCCAAACCAAAGUUCGCCAAGCUCAGGUUUCCGGUCGAGUUUCCCAAGAUUAGUGCUGGUAGACCGGGUAGAAGAUAGGGGACGCUGCGACAGCACCAAGGAUACUCGCAGGGGACGGCAUAGGUAGCUAAUCAAACCAUGUUGUACGGCGCAAUCUGGUAUCUGGGCCCCUAGAGUCUAUGAUGCAUGAUUUCCGUUUAAGAAAACGAGGAAAAGCGAUGGCAGUCAAGAAAGGUUGGAAGUGUAAAUGGCCAUUUAUAUAAUGCCCACUUCAGAUUCUCAUCGGCCAGGCUCCUGGCCGGAACUAUAUGCUUAUAUCAUGGCUGAAGAGCCGGACAUUUGCCAAUAGAUGACAAAGGAUGUUGGUUUUUAGAUCACGUUUUCUGGUUCGUAGACAAUCAUGUCUACCACC